AUGGACCCGGAGAGCUGCGCGCCUUUCGGCGUGGGGCCCGGGCCUCGCCCCUACGCGGCCGCCGGGGAUGAGCCUCCGGGCCCCCAGGGGACCCCGGCCGCCGCGCCUCACCUGCACCCUGCGCCACCCCGCGGCCCGCGGCUGACCCGCUUUCCGGCCUGCGGGCCCCUGGAGCCCUACCUCCCGGAGCCGGCCAAGCCGCCCGCCAAGUACCUGCAGGACCUCGGCCCCAGCCCGGCGCUCAACGGCGGCCACUUCUACGAGGGCCCCGCGGAAGCUGAGGAGAAGGCCUCCAAAGCUGCCAGCUUCCCCCAGCUGCCCUUGGACUGCCGAGGGGGCCCCCGAGACGGGCCCUCUAACUUGCCAGGCUCCCCAGGCCCCUGCUUGGCCAGCCUGCGUGUCCCUCUGUCCCCGGGACUCCCUGACUCCAUGGAGUUGGCCAAGAACAAGAGCAAGAAGCGCCGUAACCGCACGACCUUCAGCACGUUCCAGCUGGAGGAGCUGGAGAAAGUCUUCCAGAAAACCCACUACCCUGAUGUGUAUGCCCGGGAGCAGCUGGCUCUGCGCACGGACCUCACCGAGGCCCGGGUACAGGUCUGGUUUCAGAACCGCAGAGCCAAGUGGCGGAAGCGUGAGCGUUAUGGGAAGAUCCAGGAGGGGCGGAACCCCUUCACGUCUGCCUAUGACAUCUCCAUGCUGCCCCGAACCGACAGCCAUCCCCAGCUGCAGAACUCCCUGUGGCCCAGUCCAGGGUCUGGGAGCCCCAGGGGGCCCUGCCUCAUGUCUCCAGAGGGCAUCCCCUCCCCAUGCAUGUCUCCAUACUCCCACUCUCAUGGGAAUGUGGCUGGCUUCAUGGGGGUACCAGCCUCUCCUGGAGCCCACCCUGGCAUCUACUCCAUCCAUGGCUUUUCCCCUGCCCUAGGGGGCCCCAGCUUUGAGCCCUCCCCGGAUGGCGACUAUAAGUCUCCAAGCCUCAUCUCACUCAGGGUGAAGUCCAAGGAGCCACCCAGCCUGCUGAACUGGACCACAUGAUCUGUCACGUGGACAUGCAGACUGAGCUGCCCAACCCCGUUUCUGUUUCCAGCUGCUCCCACCCCACCCCGGCCUGGAUGCCAGAGAGGACACACCUCUGCCUCCAAGGCCCAGAUGGUUCCUGGAGGACCCGGCAGAGCAGCUGGGACCCUCAGGCUUCCGCAGGGAACAAGCUACAGAAUC